AUGUAUGCACCAGACCAACGAAGAGAACCUUUGAUACUUGAGAAAACUCCGGAGAGACCCUGGCAAAAAGUAGCCAUUGAUUUUGCCCAGGAAGGUUCGAUUCACUAUUUGAUUGUCUGUGACUAUUUUUCGUCAUUUUUUGAAGUGAAAAAGGUAACAAAAUGCACAAGUGAACCCCUGAUAACAUUUUGCAAAGAACUGUUUGCAAGGUAUGGAAUACCAGAGGUGGUUGUUUCAGACAGUGGAACGCCCCUCAUGGCUCAAAGUAUUCACGAUUUUGCUAAAAAUUGGAAAUUCAAGAUAGUUCUAUCCCCGCCGUACCAUCACCAAGCAAACGGUAAAGCAGAGUCGGCAGUAAAAAUAUUCAAGAAUCUUUUGAAGAGAUCGCGUCAAGAUGGAGUGGACUUCCAACAAGCGUUAUUAGAAGUUAGGAACACCCCCAUUGCAAGGAAUUGGCUUUAG